AUUUAAACAAAACAUUUCAACCACUAAAUAUAUUAAAUCUUUAUAUAACUAUUACAUAUCAUUUACAUUGUGUUCAUCAAUUAGAUACAAUAGAAAUGAUGAAUUUACCUUUAAAAUAUGAUGUAACUAAGAUGAAAUUAAAUAUUCAUGAUUAUCAUCAUGUAAAUUAUAUGAAAUUAGAAAAAUUAGCUAUGGAAUAUGAACCAUUCAUAACAUUAGAUUGUCAUCUUACUAAAGAAUAUAUAUGUAACCAUACUACUGCCACUAAUAAUACUAAUAAUCUCAUUAAAUGGAGUACAACUAAUUUAACAUUUUAUUCACCUACUAUAUUCAAUGAAAGAAUUUAUAUAAAUGAAAAAUGUCAAUUAAUUAUUCAUAAUGUCAAAUUAAUUGAUUCUAAUAUUUAUAAUUGUUAUAUAAAAAAUCAAUAUCAAUCAAAUAACCCAUGGCAACUAAAAAUAUCAUAUAGAUUAAAAAUUGAAAAAUCUUAUUAUCAAUGGCCUAGUAAAAAUAAUUUAUUAAUUGGCUUAUUAUUCCUUGUUAUAUAUAGUAUAUUUAUUACAAUAAUAUGGUUUAUUUUAAUGAUUUAUAAUGUAUAUAUAUUUAAACAAUUAGCGGCGAGACUAUAACUUACGGACGGACCAACCAGGUAUAAGAUAACAGGUCUUGAAUUUUUGACGCGAAAUUCACUCAACCAUUUGACUUAAUUGUGUGUUAGCAUUUUAGCUAACGUCAGUUCAUGAUUAAAUCCCUAAAUCUAGUUCCUAACCCUAACCAUCAAAUGCAAAUCAUAAUUCUAAUUUCUUACAUUGCUUUAUAGUCAUCAUUUAGUCCUAGUUAGUGGGUAGAUGUUCCCAUGGUUAUUUUAGCAUCACUCAAAGGUCGUCCAUAUAUUAUAGUCUCACCCAAUUAGUUUAUAGUAGCUCACGUGAAAUUGAGUUUAUUCACGUUUAAUUUGGUGAAGCCGUUUUUUGUUAACUUAUUUAACACGAAUAGUCAUUCGUACAAUAACAAGUUAUCUUAUAUCAUUGUACCUUUAUUAUUGUUGCAUUUGUAUGAAUAUGUAUACUUGAGCAUUGUUUACUGCCUAUGCAUAUAUUCACUCUGCUAGCCUUACUAUCAACCGCUUAAUUGAUUCAAUGAUUCAUUCAUUUCACUAUAUAUAUGUACACUUUGAUCCUGUUCAUUGAAUGGCUCAUUCAACUCGCUUGCUCUUUCAU